ACAUGGGAACUGCCCAAUAGAAUUGUAGAAGGGCGGGUCAUUUUCCCGGAUACUCCAAUCGGCACGCAGAGCGUCUUCGUCUCCAAGGUGAACGCGGAAGUUAAGCCUCUGCGGACCCCAUGGAUGCCCUGCUACAGCAGCUGGAGCGCUUUUCCGAGGUUCUGUCUGUGUCUCGCACGAACCACGUAAGCACCUGGGGCCCCGAGACGGUGCGCAGGGCUCUGCAGUGGGCGCGCUACCUGCGCCAGGUGUACCGGCGCUUUGGCAGCCACGGCCGAAUCCGCGCGGCUCUAGAAAGGCGGCUGCGCAUCCACUGGGGGCCGGAGGGCCCCAAGUCGGGUCUGACGAGCUUCCGGGCACUCGGGCGCGGGGACGUCCUGCUGUCUCUGAACUUGCUCCAGAACCGGGCGCUGGGUGAUGCCGCCGGCCGUGCCUUGCUACAGCAGCUCUUCCCGGGCGCGGGUACCGGGGACGCCGAUGCGGAGGCGCUGCAAACCCGCCUGGUCCGCCUGGCCCGCCGCCGCGCCGCGCUCCUGCUGCUGCGAGAGACCGACUGCUUCCGCGGAGGGAGCCCGGGCCUCCUCGAGGACCCUGUGCUGCUGACCCAGGCGCAGCUGCUGCUUGGGCGGCUGCAGGAGGCCGGGGAGACAGAGACAGGGGACCCCAGUGGGUGGCUCGGACGUCUGUGGACGCGCGCGCCGCGGGUUCACUUCCUGCAAGUGAUGGCGGUAGCGCUGUUGCAGCCCCUGGAGGAGUUGGGACCGAGCGGUCCCAAGUCGCUCGGAGAGGAAAUUCAUGUGCUAGUCCGAUGGCUUCUGGAGCAAUCUGAAGUCCUAGCUGCUUUUUGUCGCCUCCCAGCCGGACUGUUGACUUCGAUAGCAGAACGCCACCCUGCGCUGUCGCGGGCCUACUUGGUUCUGUUAACAGACUGGGGUCAAAAGCUGCACUACGACCUUCAGGAAGGUGCUUGGGUUUCCGCUGAUUCUCAAGACGUCCCCUGGGAGGAGUUGUUACGCAGGUUUCAAAGCCUCAGCCAGGCCCCUCCACCUCUGAAGGACGAGGUUCUAACCUUGUUGGAGUCCUGCAAGGCACGGGAUGGCAAUUUCGAAGUCGCUGGGCUUAGCGUCUGGACGGACCUCCUGUUAGAUCUUCCGAGUAGUGCAUCGAAAUUGUGUUUGGGAGGAGACAAGUUUGAGGUCCCAGCUUAAGCUCCUGUUCUUUGACAAUGUUCUGGUCUUAACUACUUGAAUGAAAACUGCAGUAUCCUCACCCAAUCACAUAAUUCAGAAGUCCAAAAUGUAAUUAUUUAUGGUGCUAAAUUAAAAUGGCUAGUGCAACUAUAAAUUUUCUAAUUUUAUUUAUAUUUUAGGUUUUUUUUCUUUUUUGGAGACAGGGCCUUGCCAUGUAGUCCAGGCUGUGCUUGAACUCACUGUGUAGUCCAGGCUGACCUUGAAUUUGAGGCAAUCCCCCUGCCUCAGCCUCCUAAGUCCUGGCACCGCAGGUGUGCACUGCCAUGGCUGGAUAAAUUUGCAAAUUAGUUGACUUGAAGAUCCUGGGAUUGUCCAGAGGAAGUGACAUAUUGGAAGAAUUCUUAAAGCCACUGAAUUAGCAAUAAUGUGUUAGUAGGAGCUUUCCCCCAAUGUUGAAAAUAUAUGUGCUUUAUAAAGAAGCAGCUUUAAAAUAGCAAACAGAUUCUUUUUUGAAUCAUUGUGGUUUACUUUUAGUUUAGUUUUUAUUUUUGUUUUUUCUUAUCUACAUGUUUUUUGUCUCCAUAUUAAUGUUCCAACAAGUUUUAAUAUGAAUCAAAAUUGUAGUAUGAAAAAGUUGUUUCCAAUAUAUGCAAAUUACUGUAUUUUGAAAGCUCAUACUGUAUAUCCAUUAAAAGCAUUUACUGGGAAACACAGGGCUUAGUAAACACUAACAUACAUGCCUUUAGAUUUUGGAUUUGAUAUAAAAGAAUCAAAAUAAAUUUUUGAAGGUACCCCUCUGUCAUUAACUGGGUUAAUAAAUCACAGCGUCAGUUCAUGUUAAAUGAAGUGUUUAGACUAAAAGAGUUAAAUUUCCUUAUUUUUCCUUUAGUGACUAGCUUAUGGAGACAGGAAUACUUGUUUGUGGGAGCUUAAUUUUCUUAGUUUACUUGAGUGUUUUUAACUUUCAGUGAUUCCCAAGAACCAAACUUACUUAGUCAAUAUUACUAGAGUUAUAGAACUUCCAACCAUAAAGAUCUCUUGCAUUUUUGGAAAAUACUGGUAUUCUCAAAGUUAAUUUUUAAUUCCAGGUGUGCUAUUAGAAUAAAAACAGUUGUUUAACCUCAUACAAUUUUUCAUUCUGUGGUAGGGUCUGAGAAUAAAGUAUCCCACUAGUAAGUGCACAUUAUGGAAUAAGAUAAUCUUAGGUGACUAUUGGCAAAUUUGUAUUCUUUAUGAUCUGCUUCCUUUUUUCUGGUUCUGAUUGAUGGAAACCAUUUUUAGAUUGCACUGGACAUAACAUUCAAGGUAAUUCCUUCUUUCAGUUGCAUGAGCUUUUUUCAAGAAACAGUCCAAGGAAGAGUUCUACUAUGGUGAGAACUAAUUUUAGAUUCAGUACACUUUCUCAUAGCUCCAGUUUCAUUUCAGUGUAAGAUAAAACGAUUAAGACUGAUAGACUUGAUAUUUUAAAAUUCACUUUUAAAACUUGACUAGUUAUGAAUCUUAUUUUAAGCUCCAUGACAUAUUUGUUACUUACAUAGUUGUAUUGAAAAUCACAUUUAAUUAGUGCUGCAAGACUAUAAUCUUCAGAAUAUAAACCAAAAGUGAUUAAGAGAAAUGCCCACGGGCCUGCACAAAAGCUACCUGAGAAUAGAAGUCGUAUUUGUCUUUAUUUAUUUGUGAUUCAGAAAUUUUUCAGUGUCUGGCACGUAGCAUACACUUCUAAUGUUUGAGUAAAUGGAGCCAGCAUUAAAAGUUUAUAUAUUUCAUUUUGAAAAUAUAAGUACUUGAGAAGAUGUUACUGAAUUUAAUAACCUUGUUAUCCAUCUAGGGAUCUAUGCAUAGAGUAGGAGGAAAAUAAAGUGAAAGACUAUAUAAAUGUGAAAACCUUUGAUAAAUAUAAAAAUAUUGUGGUCUGUUUUUCCUAUUA